AACAGGGUUAAAGAUAAAGAUACACAAACGUUAACGGGACACACACUCCUCUCUCCCCCCCUCGUCUCCUUCUUCUGGGUUUUCUGGGACACAUUCAAUUCGAGCUGUGUGUCUGAAGAGAGCCCGAGAGGCCGACGCAGGGUUUCUCUACUUUUUACUCUUGUAACACCAUAAAACGGUAAAACCCCUCUCCCUCCUCCCCCCUCUCUGUCUAGCUAAAAGUGGUAAUUUACCAUGGAGCUCUGAGUGCUUUGGCCGGACGCCGUAGCCGUGGCCUAAUCUCAACCGUUGAUCUCUCGCCGUUCGGCACAGCGGGAGCUCCUCCGCCUCCAACUGUUGGUUUUGCUCCAUAAAAGAGGGAGCCUUUAUCGAUACCCAAAUGGCAUGGACGGAGAAGGAUGUUGGUAAUGUGAGAAAUGGAGAGCCGGCUGGAGAGAAUGGAUUCUUGAAUGGUUCGCAGCCUUUGCCCAGUACCAGUGGUUCUAUGGUUGCCGGAACUCCGGCAGGGAAAAUGUUUGAAGUGAAAGGUGCUCUUUCUUAUGCCAACAUUCUUCGUUCGAGGAACAAGUUUGCUGAUGCUCUGAGUCUUUACGAGACUGUGUUGGAGAAAGAUCCCGGAAAUGUGGAAGCUCAUAUUGGAAAAGGAAUAUGCUUGCAGAUGAAGAAUAUGGGAAGGCUCGCUUUUGACAAUUUCGCAGAAGCCAUCAGGUUGGACCCACAGAAUGCAUGUGCUCACACGCAUUGUGGAAUUUUGUACAAAGAAGAGGGCCGUCUAAGGGAGGCUGCUGAGUCUUAUCAAAAAGCUCUGAAAGCAGACCAGUUCUACAAACCCGCUGCAGAAUGCUUAGCCAUUGUGUUAACCGAUCUUGGAACAAGCUUAAAGCUCGCCGGAAAUACUCAAGAGGGACUGCAGAAGUAUUAUGAAGCUUUGAAGACAGAUCCGCACUAUGCUCCUGCUUAUUAUAACCUUGGCGUUGUCUACUCUGAAAUGAUGCAAUUUGACAUGGCCCUUACUUGCUAUGAGAAGGCUGCAUUGGAGAGGCCGAUGUAUGCUGAAGCAUAUUGCAACAUGGGUGUCAUUUACAAAAAUCGUGGUGACUUGGAAUCUGCUAUUGCUUGCUACGAGAGGUGUCUUGCUGUUUCGCCAAACUUUGAGAUUGCAAAGAAUAAUAUGGCAAUAGCAUUAACAGAUUUAGGAACAAAGGUUAAAUUGGAAGGAGACAUUGAUCAAGGCAUAUCCUAUUACAAGAAGGCUUUGUAUUAUAACUGGCAUUAUGCUGAUGCUAUGUACAAUCUUGGGGUUGCUUAUGGUGAAAUGCUUAAGUUUGACAUGGCAAUUGUGUUCUAUGAACUUGCUUUCCACUUCAAUCCCCACUGUGCAGAAGCAUGCAAUAAUUUGGGAGUAAUAUACAAAGAUCGAGACAACCUUGAUAAAGCAGUAGAGUGUUAUCAGAUGGCUUUGUCAAUCAAACCAAACUUCUCACAAUCGUUGAACAAUCUUGGUGUUGUCUACACUGUCCAGGGUAAAAUGGAUGCUGCUGCAAACAUGAUUGACAAAGCUAUAGUUGCAAAUCCCACAUAUGCAGAAGCAUACAAUAACUUAGGGGUUCUCUACCGCGAUGCUGGAAAUAUUACUCUCGCCAUUGGUGCAUAUGAGGAAUGCCUCAAAAUAGAUCCCGAUUCCCGAAAUGCAGGCCAGAAUCGAUUGCUUGCGAUGAACUACAUAAAUGAAGGACUUGAUGAUAAACUUUUUGUCGCUCACAGGGACUGGGGUAGGCGCUUUAUGAGGUUAUAUCCACAGUACACUUCAUGGGACAAUCCUAAAGAUCCAGAACGACCCCUCGUCAUUGGAUAUGUGUCUCCUGAUUAUUUUACUCAUUCUGUUUCAUAUUUUAUAGAAGCUCCGCUUGCCCAUCAUGAAUACACAAAGUACAAGGUGGUUGUGUAUUCUGCAGUAGUGAAGGCAGAUGCCAAGACUAUUAGGUUUCGGGAGAAAGUCUUGAAAAAGGGUGGGAUUUGGAGAGAUAUAUAUGGGAUUGAUGAAAAGAAGGUUGCAAGCAUAAUUAGAGAAGAUAAGGUUGAUAUCUUGGUGGAACUUACUGGCCAUACUGCAAACAAUAAAUUGGGAACAAUGGCAUGCAGGCCCUCACCUGUUCAGGUGACCUGGAUUGGCUACCCAAACACAACUGGUUUGCCGGCGAUUGAUUAUAGAAUCACAGAUUCUCUGGCGGAUCCACCUGAUUCAAAGCAGACGCAUGUUGAGGACUUAGUUCGAUUACCCAAUUGCUUCCUGUGUUAUACACCUUCCCCUGAGGCUGGGCCUGUUAUGCCCACUCCUGCUCUUUCCAAUGGCUUUGUUACUUUUGGAAGCUUUAAUAAUCUGGCAAAGAUCACUCCAAAAGUGCUACAAGUUUGGGCAAGAAUUCUUUCUGCAAUUCCAAAUUCUCGCCUUGUGGUGAAGUGUAAGCCUUUUAGUUGUGAUAGUGUGAGAGAGAGAUUUCUUUCAACAUUGGAGCAGCUGGGGUUGGAACCACUACGUGUUGAUCUUCUGCCUCUAAUUUUACUCAACUACGAUCAUAUGCAAGCCUAUUCUCUCAUGGACAUUAGUUUGGAUACUUUUCCAUAUGCUGGAACAACCACAACAUGUGAAUCCUUAUAUAUGGGAGUCCCGUGUGUUACUAUGGCUGGUUCAGUACAUGCGCACAACGUUGGUGUUAGUAUUCUCAGCAAAGUAGGGUUGGGAAAUCUGAUUGCAAAAAGAGAUGAAUAUGUCCAGUUGGCAGUGCAGCUGGCCUCUGACGUAACAGCGCUUUCGAAUUUGAGAAUGGGUCUCCGGGACCUUAUGGCCAGGUCGCCUGUCUGUGACGGACCAAAGUUUACCUCUGGGCUGGAGUCAGCAUACAGGAGCAUGUGGCACAGGUACUGCAAAGGUGAUGUGCCAUCACAACGGCAAAUGGAAAUGCUACAAGAGGAAGUAAUUGCUGGAGACCCUGCUGCUGGAUUCUCUGAUCCCACAAGUAUUAAAACACCAAGAGAAGGGCCUCCAGGAUCUAUUAAGACUAAUGGAUUUAGUCCUGUUCCACCGCCUACUCUUAACCCCCCCGCUUGUGAAGAAAAUGGAGGAGUCUGAUGGGCGCAGAUCUGAGGCAUUUGUACGGAGGUUCGUUGAUAGGAAACCAUAUUGCUUUUCUGGGUGAUUUGAUCUCCGUUGGUAUAUUUAGUCGUGGCGGCUUAUAGUGGAAUUGAGUCCGGUGGUAAAUAACGUGGAAGCACUGUGUUUACCCGCCUAGGAUGACAUUUUUGGGAACAACUGCUGGCAGCAUUCGGAGUCUAUUAUUUUCUGCGCUAGAAUUGCGGCUUUCUAUGCGUGGUCCGUGAAACUAUGAGCUGAUAUAUCUUAGGUAGCUGUCUGCAAUUUUCCCGACUAGAGAAUUGUGGUUUGUAAAUUGUAACUGAAUCGUUGUUCCUUCUUGUCUAGGCUUGCUUGUAUGAUUUUUAAACAGCAUAGUUGGUCAGAUUACCUAGUAAUUUUCUGGUUUGGUUACAGUUGAAUCCUGCAAUUUUCUCAAAGUUCUAUGAUUUAAUCAACCUGUUUACAGA